AUGGCUCCCUUAUCUAGCGCCAUCUUGAGCUCCGAGAAACCCACGCCUGUUCAGGUGAUUGUGGAACGAACCCGCGAAAGUGUAUCGGAGAUCUUUACUAAGUACCGUCGGAAAGUGGGCGAUGAGGCCCGUCAGGCGGUACAGCGGGCCAGAAGUCGUCAACGCGUUGAUAUUGUCAGAAAACCGAGUUCGCCAACCAUAACAAAAGGAUAUCGGUUCUGCAAAAGUUAUAGUUGCCAGGAGGUGGCCUCCGUCGUCUUGUUGCUGAUGAUCCUGCUGAUGCUUCUGUUGGGACUUAAACUGGUCAGAAACUAUAACCACACAUUUGUCUACGGAUCAGGUGGCUGUAUGUCGACUAUUUUUUGGACCUACGAAGAAUGCAUUAUAUUGACCUAAGUCCAAACCAUUUUAUUUUUAUA